GAGGCCGGUGCGGCGCGGCGGGGGGCGUCGGAGAGGACGCGCCAGGGAGCGCGCGGUGCGCCUGCGCAAAGGGCUGCGUGGCGCGGCGGCGGGCAGGGGCCGUGCCGAGUGAGUGGCGCUGCGGGUGGGGCCGUCGGCGGCGCUGGUGAGAGAACGCCGAGCCGCCGCCGCCGCCGCCAAGCCCUUGUUCCCGCUGCGGGGAAGGAGCGUCUGGAGCCGACAAGAUGGCGGACGGGGAGCUGAACGUGGACAGCCUCAUCACCCGCCUGCUGGAGGUACGAGGAUGUCGUCCAGGAAAGAUUGUGCAAAUGACUGAAGCGGAAGUGCGGGGCCUUUGUAUCAAGUCUCGGGAGAUCUUCCUCAGCCAGCCUAUUCUCUUGGAAUUGGAAGCACCACUGAAAAUUUGUGGAGAUAUUCAUGGACAGUAUACAGAUUUACUGAGAUUAUUUGAGUAUGGAGGUUUCCCACCAGAAGCCAACUAUCUUUUCUUAGGAGAUUAUGUGGAUAGAGGAAAACAGUCUUUGGAAACCAUUUGUUUGCUAUUGGCUUACAAAAUCAAAUAUCCAGAGAACUUCUUUCUCUUAAGAGGAAACCAUGAGUGUGCUAGCAUCAAUCGCAUUUAUGGAUUCUAUGAUGAAUGCAAGCGAAGGUUUAAUAUUAAAUUGUGGAAGACCUUCACUGACUGCUUUAACUGUCUGCCUAUAGCUGCCAUUGUGGAUGAGAAGAUCUUCUGUUGUCAUGGAGGACUGUCACCAGACCUACAAUCUAUGGAGCAGAUUCGGAGAAUUAUGAGACCCACUGAUGUCCCUGAUACAGGUUUGCUCUGUGAUUUACUGUGGUCUGACCCAGACAAGGACGUGCAAGGCUGGGGAGAAAAUGACCGUGGUGUUUCCUUCACUUUUGGCGCUGAUGUAGUCAGUAAAUUUCUGAAUCGUCAUGAUUUAGACCUGAUUUGUCGAGCUCAUCAGGUGGUGGAAGAUGGAUAUGAAUUUUUUGCUAAGCGACAAUUGGUAACCCUAUUUUCAGCCCCAAAUUACUGUGGCGAGUUUGAUAAUGCUGGUGGAAUGAUGAGUGUGGAUGAGACUUUGAUGUGUUCAUUUCAGAUAUUGAAACCAUCUGAAAAGAAAGCUAAAUACCAGUAUGGUGGACUGAAUUCUGGACGCCCUGUCACUCCACCUCGAACAGCUAAUCCACCGAAGAAAAGGUGAAGAAGGAAUUCUAUAAAGAAACCACCAGAUUUGUUAAGCACAUACUUCAUAAUAUAUAAAAGUGUGCACUGUAAAACCAUCCAGCCAUUUGACACCCUUUAUGAUGUCACACCUUUAACUUAAGGAGACGGGUAAAGGAUCUUAAAUUUUUUUCUAAUAGAAAGAUGUGCUACACUGUAUUGUAAUAAGUAUAUUCUGUUAUAUUCAACAAAGUUAAAUCCAAAUUCAAAAUUAUCCAUUCAGGUUACAUCUUCACGUAUCACAAUUUUUAAAGUUGAAAAGCAUCCCAGUUAAACUAGAUGUGAUAAUUAAACCAGAUGAAAGCAUGAUGAUC